AUGGUCAAAGCUUAUCUUCGGUACGAGCCGACUGCCAGCUUUGGUGUCAUCAACUCGACACUCUCCAACAUUAUCUACGAUGCUACCGGCAAAUUGGCUAUUGCUCCUGCUCUUGAACAAGUGAUCCUCUGGGAUCUGAAAAAGGGUACCAAGGUUGGCCAAUGGAAAGAAUCCAACAAUACAGCAGCCGUGACAUGUAUCGCCAAGAGUCCCAACAACCGAGAUUAUGCUGUAGGCUAUGCGGAUGGUAUGGUGCGAUUGUGGACAGCAGAUACAACAGCCGAAUCAGCUACGGUUACAUUGAGUGGUCAUCGAGGCGCCGUAACAGCAUUGACGUUUGAUCAAGAUGGCACACGACUUGCAUCCGGUUCCCAGGAUACGGAUAUCAUUGUAUGGGAUGUUGUUGCUGAGAUGGGUCUUUACCGCCUCAAAGGCCACAAGGAGCAAAUCACAUGCUUGAAAUUCCUCAGCGGACGACGCGAUGAGAGCACAGCAACAGAUGGAUACAUCUUGUCAUCUUCCAAGGACACCUUGUUGAAAUUAUGGGAUUUAUCGAGUCAAUUUUGUCGAGAAACAGUCGUCGGCCAUCGCACAGAAGUUUGGUCCUUUGACGUUGAUCCAGAACAAAACGUGAUUAUCUCUGGUGGUGCCGAGCCCCAAUUGAAAGCAUGGAAGAUUGAUUGGUCGAUCCUUGAUAAGCCUAUUGAAGAAUUGGAUACGAUGCAAGUCGAUGGGGAGGAUAACAGUGCACCUGCCCUCGCCAAAGGUAUCACCCUCUAUGGCAACGUACCUCGUAGUGCACGUGAUCGUGUUGUCAGUAUCAAGUUUCAUCCUUCAGGCAAAUUUGUGGGCGUUCAAUCCAAUGACAAGACCGUCGAGCUUUAUCAAGUGCGUGAGCAUGAUGAGAUCCGCAAAAAGAUUCAACGUCGUCGAAAGCGUGCAAAGGAAAAAGGAAAGGAUAUCGAGAUCAGCGAUGACAUUUUGGCAGAGGACUUGUAUCACAGCUACAUAAUUGUUCGCGCACCUACCAAAAUCCGCAGCUUUGAUUUCCCACCCAAGAACGAUUAUGAAAAGAAGGGUCAUGUUCAGGUCAUGGUCUCUUUGAAUGAUAACGUCAUUGAGGUCUACAAUGCCCCAUUGCCUGCUGAUAAGAAAGCCGAUCCUACUUUGGAACCUUCCAGACAAGCAAGCAUUGAUAUGCAUGGCCAUCGAUCGGAUAUUCGUGCUGUAGCAUUGAGCUCGGAUGAUGAAGUAUUGGCUUCAGCUUCAAAUGGUCUAUUGAAGAUUUGGAAUGUAAAGACGAGAUCCUGUAUCCGAUCCAUUGAAUGUGGAUAUGCACUUUGUUGCGCUUUUCUUCCUGGUAACCGCCAUAUUUUGGUUGGCACCAAGGCUGGUAUGCUGGAGUUGUACGAUCUCGGCUCAUCAUCACUCGUUGAAUCGGUCAAGGGACAUAGUGGUGCUGUGUAUUCCAUGCAAAUGCGACCUGACAAGCGGGGUUUUGUCACUGGCGGUGCUGAUAAGGAUGUCAAGUUUUGGGAUUUCAAACUCGAUGAGUCGGUGAAACCCAAGCGAUUGACAUUUGUUCAUAUGCGUACACUGAAAAUGUCGGAUGAAAUCUUGUGCGUUCGAUAUAGCCCCGAUCAAAACUUGAUUGCCGUUUCUUUGCUCGAUUCCACCGUCAAGGUCUUUUAUCAUGACACACUCAAGUUCUUUUUGUCAUUGUAUGGUCACAAGCUUCCCGUCCUCUCUAUGGAUAUUUCGUCUGACAACACACUCAUUGCCACUGGAUCUGCUGAUAAGAACGUUAAGAUUUGGGGUCUUGACUUUGGUGAUUGUCACAAAUCCAUCUUUGCACAUCAAGAGAGUGUAACUGGUGUUCAAUUCGUGCAUGGCACCCAUUACUUCUUCUCUAUCAGUAAAGACAAGGUGGUCAAGUAUUGGGAUGGUGAUAAGUUUGAGAAUAUUAUGAAGUUACAAGGACAUCAUGGUGAAGUGUGGGCUUUAGCCAUUGCAAAGCAUGGCUCUUUUGUUGUCACUGGCUCUCAUGAUCGCUCACUCCGGAUUUGGGAAAAGACGGAUGAACAGCUUUUCCUUGAAGAAGAGCGAGAAAAAGAACUCGAAGAGCUCUAUGAAUCCACACUUGUUAGUCAAAUGGAGAAGGCCGAUGUCAAUGAUAUGGAACUUGAUUCAGCAGGAAAACAAACAAUGGAAACCCUCAAGGCCGGUGAGCGGAUAAUAGAAGCAUUGGAUCUUGCAGAUGAAGAAAAGCAAGGCUGGGAAGCAUAUGAAGCUGCAAAGGCAAAGGGUAUGCCAGCACAACCUCCUCAAAGGAAUCCCAUCUUGAUUGCUAUGGGUGAUGUUGCCCCGGAUCGAUAUGUUCUCAAUGUUGUGGAAAAGAUCAAGGCCAAUGAUCUUGAAGAAGCAUUACUUGUUCUACCAUUUUCCAAGGUCCUUUCUCUACUUUCAUACAUUGAAUCAUGGGCUAAAAAGAACUGGAAUAUCAUUGUCAUUUCACGGGUACUUUUCGCUCUGAUCAAGAUCAAUCACAACCAAAUUGUCGCCAACCGUAUUAUGCGACCGAUGCUUGACUCGAUCCGAUAUCACUUGAGAGAAGGAUUACAGCGACAAAAGGACAUUAUGGGAUUCAAUCGGGCGGCUCUUGGAUACCUACGACGUGAUUGGGAAGCUCGUAAUACAGCCGAGUUCUUUGAUGAGAGCUCAGCUACCCCUGACACUUCCAACAAGCGCGUCUUUACACAGCUUUCAUCAUAA